ACGUCUCGGAACGAUGCCCAAGCACAACGAAUUUCUUUAAAGGAGCGCCCUGUUUACCCUAACCAUUAUCGACCACGCGUCAUGUUUGCCUGCACUUAAGCUGCCUAAUGUCGCAAUUUUCAGCAUGAUUUGUCACUCCAAACCGGGUCCAAAGCAACCCCGACAGUAGGAGAGAGUUCUUGAGGGAAUGUCUCGCCCCCCCGUGUACCAGCGAUAGAAGAUCACGCUAGUGAUCACGCAGGAUGAUCUUAAUUGUGCCGUCUUGCGGAUGUUGCCAAUUUUGAUGCUCCCCGGGAGAUAUGGCUGGAUGGCAAGAAAACUUCAGAACCGUUGAGGAUGUUCCGUUGUCACGCAAGCGGAUGGCCAUUUAUAAAUAGGCCCGAUACUGUGUACACACACGCCAAAAAAGAGCCUCGUUAAUGUUUGUCGUAAACUUGUCUAUUACCAAGGUGUUUGCAAACAUGCAGCGGAAAAGGUGCUGAUGAGUAUCCGUGAAGCCACGACGACCUGGUUGGCGCGCUGUGGCUCGUGCGGUUAGCUUAUUGAAGUGUGUCGCAAGUCACUGUAGGUGUAGGAAGUGGUUGGGAAGCGAAGAAGCCGGUCAUCAUCAUUAAUUUGUCCAAAUUGACACUAUACCAUCUAUCGAUUGGGCGUGUAUAUCGUACGGGCUAUGAGAAUAGGCGUGCGAAAACUUGUCAAACCACCGGGAAUGAUGGAUCAAUGAGGCCGGCUAGUAGACGGACCGUGUCAACUCCCGGGUGUGGUUGGUGUUACGAGGAGAACUAGUGGGUCGGUGACGAAGCCCCAUUAGCACGAUAACAGUUGUGUCGUUUGAAUGGGCCAUGUGCUGCCGUUCGAUGACGACAAUCAACAAAAAUCAUGUGCGUACGAUUGGUCCCGGGGAGGUUGGGAGAGCCACACGCACGCACCGGACGAUAAUUCUCAGGGAAGUGAAGAGGGAGAGGCGAAAAAUCGAAUAUAAUUGACAGCCGCGGGGUUACAGAGUUGGAAUCGUUUAAGCGUUCCGAGGGGAGGGGGAGCUAGUCGCCAAGUCCACCACGACCACGUGCUAAAACGUGGGACAGUAUCCACGUUGCGCCGGAGGAAGCAUCGAGGUAAUGAAUGGGAUUAAAUUGGCAUUAAUCUUGGUAAGGUUGGUCGGAGCUUUUGUCCCCAUAAACUGCACCUUAUUAUCACUAACAAUUGACACUUCCGUUUGCUAUUGACACUUGCAUCGAAGUAGGCGUAAGGCGUACCUCUUGUAUGCUGGAAGUAUUUCGAAGAUGCGCGUUCCUAGAUCACAGUGAGCUCUGCCCGUAAUCAGUAACCGCUACUACGCACAUCUUGAACUAUUGAACUGGGCAAGUUAUCAUCGUCAUUCGCUUUUGGGGUGUUUGUUUCCUCCCUCCGAAAAUUGACCACUGAUAACAGUUUCAUUAACGAAGCACUACGGAUGAAUACCGACGAAAAAAAAAACAUGUCCAAGGUAAUUGCCACCAAACCUAACCACUCGCAUGCACUGUACGUACUUCUUGGUUCCGAUUUCUACGAGCUCCAGUAAUGGAAUAAUAAUAGUCGUACCGUUUCAGAUCACCUGCACGAUUCUGUUGAUUGACCGUUAAUGAUGUGAAACGGUCAAGUCACUACAGUCCGGCAAUACAAUGCACCAUUGAUAAGGGAACUGGAGGUUUGGUACGACUGUAGCCCUGAACUUAGUUGCAAACGCCACCGACUCGAGAGAUCCCGACGAUCCGCUGCUGGGAAGCGACAGCGUGAUACUGCGCCGAUGUCUUCACACAGUUGCAGGAGGAUCGCAACGCUUGUGGUGCGAUAUUUUCUCGCUCGCUGCGCCAUUGUCGUCGGCUGGCUGGUGAGCAUGAAUGUUGAGGAGGAUAGAAUGUGCCUCCAGAGUUGUUGGUUCAUUACACACUCUCUUUAAGCACAUCUCCACACGCGCCCGCUUUGCCUUGAAAAGGCCGGGUGAAUUGGUUAAGGUUGAAUGAGUUAUGCUGCCUACCGAUUAAUGCCCGGUGCGGGCGAACAAGCUCCCUCGGUGAGCGAGGACGAAUCUGCUCCGUGUGAAUCUCGGCCUCGGUUCGGCUAAUUUCUUAUCGUUGUGCUACGCUAUUGUGCUACCAAUUGGAUUCGGAAGUAAUCUUUUAAGUGACACUCCCGAUUGGCUGAUGUUACUAACUUGGGGAAACGUAUUGCUGACUGAGUUUCCGAGAGUAACCUUCUUUACCCUUCCCUGUACCUAUUAUUGAGCUAUUGGUCGCACUUUAGCUGCACAGAAACUGAUUAGAAUACACACAAAAACAGGAAUAGGAUCACGCAGUUUAAGAACGAUUUGCGCUGCGUGUGAAGUGUGCAAAGAAAUCAGGAGCAAAAGGAGGCAACAAAAAAUGGCGCAGCAGGACGUAAAGAAUUUGCAACAAAAAAAAAGGGAAGAAUGGAACCCCUUCUGCUCUUGCUGUUGUCUGCAGAAUACAGGCGGAAGAAGGAGAAGAAGUAGUUCGAGCAGAUUGUUUGCCAAAAGGGGUCUUGCGAUUCCUUUUCUUCAGGAUACGCAUUCUUUCAGGAUGCGAAGUUGAUGUGAAGAAGGUACUUCUUAUGUUUUAUAGAGGGGUGUUAUUUUUUUCUAAUCGAGAAAAGGAAUGAAACGUCUUAGCGACCAGUGUAUGUUUCUUAUUCCUUAUUCGUGCUUUAAAAAAUAUUUUAAAGAUUUAGUUAUGUGUAAAACAUUAGUUGUUGUCUAAAUUAGACAAAACAAUAAUUUAAAAAGUUUUUUUACGGGUUUUUUUUGCUUCAAAAUUGGAUCAUAAUUCUAUUAUAAAGAAAAUUAAACCGAAAAUUUCAUGUUUCAAUGAAAAAUAUGUUUUAUUCCUUGAUUUUUUAAAAUUUGUUACCUAAUUCCUUUGAUUUAGACUCGAAGAAAAUUUAGAAUGAUUUAGAAAAAACUGUACAUUCGAAUAUAACCGACACAAGUAGAGAGCUCCCUUUUGAAAUUUCAAACCGAGCUAAACCGUUGCAUGGCAACACUGCCGCUUCGCUCCGUUUUUGACAGCUCGUUGUGUUGUUGUGCGAAAGCGUAAACAAACGCGUCUGUUGGUACCCAUUGGAAGAUUGUGAAUUGUGGGAAAGCCUGAAAAACAGCUAAAAUAUGACUCGCCACGCUAGAAAUUGUACGGCCGGUGCUGUUUAUACGUACCACGAGAAGAAAAAGGAUGCAGCAAAUUCUGGCUUCGGCACGACAUCGCGCCGCAUCGGGAAGGAUUCGGUGAAAAGUUUCGACUGCUGUUCGCUAACCUUGCAGCCCUGUCGAAAUCCCGUAAUAACCAAAGAUGGUUACCUGUUCGAUAAGGAAGCGAUCCUCACGUACAUCAUCGCGAAAAAGAACGAGUACAGCCGCAAGAUGAAGGAGUACGAGAAGCAGGUCAAACAGGACGAGGAAGAGGAAGCGGCCAAAGCGAACGCGGAACAGCAAAAGAAGCUGGACCGGUUCAUCUCGACGGAGAAGAAUAUCGUGAGCAAUAAGGCUGUCCUGCCGAGCGUUGAAAAACCUAGCUCCAGCGGAGCGAUUUCGAACGUGUCACUGGGCAAGCGAAAGGAACUACCCAGCUUUUGGGUACCAUCACAAACACCGGCAGCUAAGGUAUCGCGCAUCGAGAAACCGGACAGCAAAAUCUACUGUCCCGUGUCGAACAAACCCCUGAAGGCAAAGGAUUUGAUUGAGGUAAAGUUUACCCUGGUAAAGGAUCCCGCCGAUAAGAAAUCACUGAUUGCGAAGGAAAACCGAUACAUGUGUGCGGUGACGCACGAUAUCCUGAACAAUUCCGUACCGUGUGCGGUGCUGAAACCGACGGGAGACGUGGUCACAAUCGAGUGUAUUGAAAAAAUUAUCAAAAAGGACAUGAUACACCCGCUGACGAAUGAAAAGCUCUCCGACUCGGACAUUAUUCCACUGCAACGGGGUGGAACUGGUUUUGCAACGACCAACGAGAAACUGGAGGCCAAAGAGCAAAAGCCUUGUCUGCAAGUUUAAGCUAGUGUAAAUGUUUUGUGUA